AAUGAAUGCAUGUCUUCUAAUGGUGGCUGUGAACAAGAUUGUGUCAAUGUUCUGGGAAGUUUUCACUGCAAAUGCUUUUUGGGCUACUACAGUGAUAACGAUGAAGGCCAGCUGUGUAAAGAUGUGGAUGAAUGUAAAAGAAACACUAAUGAUUGUGACCAUCACUGUGUGAACACAGAAGGAAGUUUUAAUUGUUCUUGCAACAAGGGUUUUGUGCUACACAAGGAUAAUCACAGCUGCGUGGAUGUAGAUGAAUGUCAGCUAGAUAAUGGUGGUUGUGAGCACAUCUGCAAAAACUUAGAAGGCUCCUUCGUUUGCCAAUGUAGAAAAUUUUUCUAUUUGUCAGAAAACAAGAAAAACUGCUUAGCUAUUUCUGACUGCGCUCAACUGAACGGUGGAUGUGACCAUGUAUGUUUUAAACAAGAGCAAGUUGAUGAGAUUGAAUGUGAUUGUCAUCCUGGUUAUGAGCUGGCAGAUAAUAAGAAGGAAUGCAUAGAUGUUGAUGAAUGCACUGUUUCUAAUGGAGGAUGCAGUCAGAUUUGUAGAAAUUUUGAUGGAGGUUAUCAAUGUGAAUGUCAACAAGGAUACGCAUUGUCUCGCUCAACUGAGUGUACAGCUGUUUGUACGCAUCCUCGUUGUCUCAAUGGUGGUACUUGUGUUGCUCCUAACGUUUGUAAAUGUCCAAAAGGAUAUCCUGGCAGUGGUUGUGAAGCUCUGUGUGAUCCCCCUUGUACUGGAGGAACUUGUAUCAGACCAAACGUGUGUGAUUGCCCAGAAGGCUAUAAUGGACCUGGCUGUCAGAUUCCUGUAUGCAAUCCACCAUGCCAACAGGGUGGUAAGUGUGUUGGGCCAAAUGUAUGCAGCUGUCCAGCCUCAUACACAGGAAAGAGAUGCGAAAAACCCCACUGUGAGAACGCAUGUCAGAAUGGUGGAACGUGUCAUCGGCCCAAUGCUUGCAUUUGCCUACAUGGCUUUUCUGGUGCUGUAUGUCAGUUUGCACCAAUGACUUGCACUCCUCUUUGCCAAAAUGGUGGAACAUGUAUGACUAGUCCUAGACUCAGCUACUGUGCAUGUUUGGACACCUUUAGUGGACGGUCAUGUGAAACAGCAAUCAAAGUGGAGUGUUUUCCAUCUUGUCUCCAUGGUGGCACUUGUAUGCCGCAUAACAGAUGCAACUGUCCACCACAAACUACUGGUUACAGAUGUCAAACGAGGCUGUGUCCAAUAGUGAGUCACACUGUGAUAUCACAACUUGCAAGGUUGUUCUAUCGAAUUGACAACCGUAGAAGUUUCUGCAGUAUUCCAGGCACUCACUUUCUUAUACCUUGCACAAAGAAACAAGUUGUUAAGGUAUACAAACGUGUUUAUCAUGCUCGCGUUGGCUACCGUUUUCAGUGUAACUGAGGAUCUGUGUCAAUUGGAAGUGAACUUUCUGACUCUGUAUGUUGCACGUUUUGUGUAAACCUGUCCUACGUACAGGCUUGCUUAGCAGUUGGUUCAUGACAUGUGUAGUUAUAGAAACAGAACUAGUAACAUUGAAAAUUCACAAGCCGACUACAUUA